UUUUUUUGUUGCUAAUUUAGGCAAGAAUACUUUCCAAAGCCACUAUAAAUGAUGGACAUGUUGCUUGUGCUUUCACUUAACUAAAAUGGGAAGUAUCGCAGGGUUACUUCAUAUUUCCACGUGGAGUUUCACUUUUAAUGGCAUUAUACUUGUAUUUUGAGUGGUUUUGUUCACUCAGCAGGUGCAAUGCCAAAUAAGAUGAUAAUACAUUUUGAUUCUUAACUGUUAAAAUCUUUUGACAUGCAUCGUGUAAAGCAGUUUUGACAGUUUUCUACCAUUAAGAUGAAAAAAGAAAGCUGUAUCCUUGUUGGCCUUGUCAUACACUUUGAUUCUACUCCUAGACAUGAGCGGCGCAUGACCAGUUUAUCUGUAGAUUAGUCUGGCUCCUGGAUUAGUAGUCUGGAUUACCUCCACCUUAAUGAAUGAAAAAACUAAAAACACAAUUAUAAUGGACCCCAGCAAGAGGAUUCUGUCAUUAUACUGACAGAGACAAGUGCUGGUAGCUGCUGUGGUAGUGAAAUAACUGAAAAAAUUAGUAUUCAUGCAAACUUUUAAGAUUUAUAUAGGCAUCAAGGUUUUAAGGUGUAUUUUUAUGUGAAAUAUCCAUCUACUUUAGUUUAAUUACCCUAACUAACACGACUCUGCAAAAAUAAUUUUUGCCUUCAGCAAGUCAUUUGAGCGAUAAAUAGAAGCCAUACCCAAAAGUCACACCAGUCAAAUUUCUGAACAUUUUGAGGCACAGAUCUUUUAAAUGCACACUGGAGGCAAAGGAGAAAAAAUAAACGGACAAAACCUUUCACACCAACUUUCAUUGGCUCUUCCAUUUCUGCAACAGCAGAGCUUAACGUUUGUCUUAAGUGACAGAUGUGAUGGAUCGGGCAAAGCUGCCAAUUUGCAGUAUGAAAAUGCACCGGCCGCCUGUCAGGUUACUGAGGAGCAGAUGGGUUAGUGGGGGUCUAAUCAGGCCAAAACUGAGUUAAGCCGGGCCGACAGCAACUAGUGGCACUAAUAAAGAUGAAUUGAGGAUGGGUGGCUUGUAUCACUGCAUUACAAUUUCUGCUCCUUUUGGAGAAAAAAACGCAGGAGCCAAGAUGAUAGAAAGAAAGAGGGGUGUAGUUUGGGGUUUUACUGUUAAUGUAUUUUGUGGCUGUGGUGCAAAAAUAUUCUCGGAAAAAAGACGAGAACAUGCAAGGAGGGAGAGAGAAAGGGAGAAAGAGAGAGGGGGCUUGGGGGAGAGGGGGAAUACACAUAUUAUGGUAGAUAAGGGUGCUUGAGAUGGGGGUAGACGAAGAUCCGCCCCUUGCUGGGAUCUAAAUGGGGGAGGGGUCUCCAACUGGUCAGAGAAACCCCUUCAGCAGGGGUCCAUUGUCUACUACCCACAGCUAUGAAUAGAAAGCUGAUUACAGCAGUCAGCAUAUUGUAUCCCGUUGCUGGGGUGCCUAUGGUCGAUCACCACAUGUUGCCAUUCUGUCUGAUGUCUCCUCAUCUCAUUUUCACAUAAAGUGUUUCACAGUUUUUUCAUUGAAAAGCUUUUGCUCGCAUUUUAGAUCUAAACUGCAGGCUGCAAGUGUUUUCCUCUCUUCUACAUCAUGCCAGAUAAAGCAAAUCCUCCCUCUCCCCAUCUCAAAGUGACUUGUCUAUUAUUAAAAGCUUUUAAAUGGAGCAGUGUCUUGGCUGACUACCAAAUCCAGUGCCUUGUUGCCAGGGAAACACAUACCCGUGGUCUCGGCUCUCUUUUUUUUUUCCCUCCCUGGUGGCUCAUAUUUCAAAACUGUCAGCAAUCUUGUGCGCUCACACUGCUGCCUUUCAGCUAAAAGCUUUUUGUGCUGCCAGUGAAGCAGAAUGGAGGGGAAAGGAGAGCGGAUGGGAGUGGUUAGAGGAGAGGGAGGGAAAAUGAAGGGCCUCCCUCACCGUUGCCAAGGCAACUUGAUGUCACGGUGACAUCACGCACCACUAAAAGCUUUUAACCGGAUUCCUCUCCUGCCUUAGGCCCCAUUUUGAGUCCUCUUUCAGCUAGGCUAGGGGGAAGGGCACAGGCAGGAACGGCGUGUGUGCCUUCUUGCAUGUUUCACUCCCUCACUGCAGACUCAACACAGCUUAUAGCACAGUAAAAGACUUUCAAAUUCAACCUCUAAAGAGCCUAUUCCUGCAAAGCACAGCCAGCACAGGCCAGGAGAACCAUUUCAAAGAUGGCAUCAGACGAUGGUUUCAGCUACCUAUUGCCAGGCCACAGUGAGAAGCACAGGAGGGCCCCAAACUGGACUGACGGUGAAAUGAAAGCCCUCCUGUACGUAUGGGAGGAACACCACAACGAACUGAAAAUGAGCAAGAGGAACGCCAAGGUGUACGAGAAGAUGUCCCAGAGGUUUUUCCAGCUGACCGGAGAGCAGCGUUUCAAAGAGGAAAUCAAGAUGAAAAUCACCAACAUGUCUUUCCAGUACAGGCGACUGAAAUCCACAGUCGGCGAAGGUGGUGAGAUGCCGGACUGGCCGUAUUAUAAGUCCAUCGAGAAGAUCCUCUCCAAGCCGCUGGAGAACGGGAGGGUGAACUCUUUGGAGUUUCAGGCCUCCACUGCAGGUCCGUCCACUUCCUCCCAGUCUACAGAUAACCUAGUGGCCCAGGCAGAGGAAGGGAUGAUGGGAUUCCUGCCAGAGUACACAGGCUCCUCAGAUGAAAUGGAGAUAAAGCAAGAGCUGGACUCUUUGAGCUCUGACAGUGAGCACACACAGGGCUCCAGCUCCCAUCCUACCUCAGCCAGGAAAAGGCAUGCCAACAAACAUCUGUUCAUGAAGAGGAAGAAGCUGCGGGUGAUGCAAGCCAUGCUGCAGCAACAGAAGAGGUCGAGCCGAGCCAUAGAGGAGACGUGCAGGGAGGUCCGCCGGGCCAUGCACCAACAGAACCUCCUCCAGGUCCAGUGUCUGCAGCUGCAGGAACGUAUGAUGAAUCUCCUGGAGAAGAUGAUCCAGCCUUCCUCCCCAGCGUCAGCAUCGUGGGCUCAGAGUGGCGUCAAAGAUCCGGGGAAGCCGUGAAGUGAAGUGGGAGGGUUGUGGUCGUUUGGGAGAGAUCAUCGUCUUGUAUCACCUCUAGCC